AUGCUGCACUUUCGUCGUCUAGUCGUGACGUGCACAUCUACUGGUUGUCGUGGUUUCCAUCGUUCGGUGGGUAUUGUGGGUAUGCCCAAUGUUGGAAAAUCGACACUAUUCAAUGCAUUGACCAAGACGGAAGUGGCCCAAGCUGCCAAUUAUCCGUUCUGUACCAUUGAUCCAAACGUGGCGCGCGUGGCGGUGCCUGACGAACGCGUUCGUCACUUGGCCAGAGUCGAAAAAUCCAAGCGAGUGAUUGAGACGCAGCUCGAGUUCGUAGACAUUGCUGGUCUUGUACGCGGAGCUUCGCAGGGCGAAGGACUUGGAAACAAAUUUCUAGACAACAUACGACAGGUGGCGGUGACUGCUCACGUGGUGCGCUGCUUUGAGGACACUAAUAUCCUCCAUGUGGAUGAGACGGUGGACCCGAUCCGCGAUCUCGAGACUAUUCGUACCGAAAUGAUCCUGGCAGACUUGCAGACAGUUGAAAAAAGGUUGACGAACCUUGCCAAGAAGAAAAAAUCGAUGGAUCCGAUGAUUCCAUCACUGCUGGAGGUUCUCCAGCGUCUACAGCCACAUUUGGAGAAUGGAAACCUUGCCGAAGGUCUGACAUUUGAAAAGCCAGACGAGCAAUUGCAGUUUGAGCGUCUGCAGCUGCUGACGGCCAAGAAGGCACUAUAUCUGUGCAACGUGUCGGAAGAUGACGCUGCUACGGGCAACCAUAUGACGGAAGCUGUGCGUGAGCGUGUCGAGGGAGAGGGAAGCAUAUGUCUGACGGUAUCGGGCUCCUUGGAGGAAGCAGCUGCCUCUUUCGAGGAUGAUGAAAGUCAGCUGGAAUACCUCAGCGAGAGCGGCUUGACGGAGACAGGAUUGACGCAAGUCAUCCGUGCUAGCCAGGAGCUCCUACAGCUGCAGACCUACUACACUGUUGGUGAGAAGGAAACGCGUGCGUGGAAUGUGCUCGCUGGAUCAACGGCAGCUGAAGCAGCUGGCGUCAUUCACUCGGACUUUGAGAAGUUGCUCAUCCGUGCGGAGACUGUCGGAUACGAGGACUUUGCGAAUGCUGGUAGUAUGCGUGCAGCUAAGGACAAGGGUCUACUGCGCUCGGAAGGGAAGGACUACAUUUGCCAGGAUGGGGACAUCUUCAAUUUCCUCGUGGGAAAAUAG